AAUAUAAUGGUUUGUUAACUAGGGUUUUUUCCUCCAUUUUUGGGACAUACGCUAAAAAGAGCUCGCUCGCAGCUGCAUCAACAAUGGUUCUCAAGACGGAGCUCUGUCGAUUUAGUGGUGCCAAGAUAUAUCCUGGGAGGGGCAUCAGAUUUAUUCGUUCAGAUUCUCAGGUGUUCCUAUUUGUUAACUCAAAAUGCAAACACUACUUCCACAACAAGCUGAAGCCAUCCAAACUUACUUGGACAGCUAUGUAUAGGAAGCAACACAAGAAGGAUAUUGCACAAGAAGCCGCCAGGAAGAGACGACGUGCAACAAAGAAGCCUUACUCCAGGUCCAUUGUGGGUGCAACCUUGGAGGUUAUCCAGAAGAAGAGAACUGAAAGACCAGAAGUUAGAGAUGCUGCUAGGGAGGCUGCUCUCCGUGAAAUCAAGGAACGGAUCAAGAAGACAAAGGAUGAGAAGAAGGCCAAGAAAGCAGAGGUACAGGCCAAGUCACAAAAAGCUGGAGGGAAGAUCUCGAAGGGAGCUGCAUCGAAAGGUCCUAAGCUUGGCGGCGGCGGUGGAAAACGUUAAGCAAUAGUUUGUUUUGUACUAGUAAGUCAGAGUUGAGUUUUUUCCAAAGGCACUGUAAGCGGCAUCGUUUAUCAGUAGUAUUGUAGUCAAAACCGCAGUCAGCAAUUUCUCGAAACAAAUGGUUUUGCAUUUAAAUUUUGCUAUUUGAUUUGUUGAUAGACUCAGUUAAAUGCAGUUUUCUCACUCUUUAACAAUAUAUUUCCGUAUUUUGUUUUGUUUCAAA